AUGACUGUGCAAAGAGAUGAGACGGCGGCCAUGGAACGACGGAGACCCAGUUGGCGGCACCUUGGUUGGAUGUUUGUAACCUACUUAAAGGAUUACUGCGCCAAUUGUACGCUGGUGGGUUUCUCCUACAUAGCCAAUUCCAGGCUCCAUCCAACGGAACGCAUUGUCUGGCUGAUUUGUGUCGUACUCUCGGCCAUGGGCUGCUACUAUCUGAUCGACGACUAUCAGCGCAGUUUUCCCGUACGCGCUGUCAGCAUUGUUUACGAGAGUUUGCCACCGUUUUCCAACUGGAAGUUCCCCACUGUCAGCGUGUGCGAAGUUGUCUACAAAUACGAUCUGGGCACCGAAGUGGAGGAUUAUGUGAAAAGCUUGGGUGGCGAUGUUGAUGGCGACUAUAACUAUGAUGUGGAGACACAUGUCUCAUUUAUACUGUUUCCCCAUCAAUAUCACGAGGGCACCAUCAAGUCGCAUUGCCAGCCCAACGAAAAUUGCGCGGGUUGUGCCACCUGCCCGGACACGGGCUAUAGGGAGCUGUUGGCGAGGUUUGGUGCCAACUGCUCGGAUGUCUUCAUCCAGUGCAAGCUCUCCGAUCGCGAGUUCGACUGCUGUCAGUACUUUUUGCCGCUGAUCACGCCCUUUGGUCGCUGCUAUUUGCUCAACUCGCUGCAGAACAAUGUGCGCGGCUCGGAGCACUGGCUGCCCAAUAUACUGGCGCCCGGCACAGAGCGUGCGCUGAUGAAUCUGCUCACCCAUCGACCCGUGCAGGUGAAUCUGUUGAACGAGGAGGACAUACCGCACACCGCGCUGGCAGCUGUUGGGGUAAGUGUCACGGAUCCUGGGCAACACAAAACCUUUCAGUUCAACAUGGAGUCCAUGGAGAACGAUCAGGAUGUGCAUGAGAUAGAGCCGCAGGCCAGGAACUGCUACUUUCCGGAGGAGGUCCUGCCGUUUAGUGUGUACAAAGCGUACAGCUUCAGCACCUGCAUCACGGACUGCACGCGACAGUUUCAGAUGCGAAUGUGCGGCUGCACGCCGUACAUGAUGAAUCCCUUUGCUGAUCCACGCUUUCCCGACUGCGAUCUGGCGGGCUUCAAUUGCUUGGAAUCACAUUUCAUGGUCAAGCCGGACGCCAAGCUGCUGCUGGGCAAAAAGAAUGGCAAAACCAAUUGCGAGUGUCUGCCAUCGUGCAACGAGGGCGACAUACGAGCCAUCUACGAGUCGGUGUCUGACUUCAAUCGCAGCAGCACGGCGCGGAAUAUUACGCUCUCCAUGCCUGCCCUGCCCACGGAUCAGUAUCGGCGGCAGGCGCUGCGCACACGCCUGGACGUGGUCGUGUCCGUGGGCGGCAUGUUGGGUCUGUUCCUCGGCGCCAGCAUACUCAGCGGCAUUGAAUUUAUUCACUACUUCACAGUGCGAGCGCUGAGCAACGCUGUGAGGGCGCGGCAGGAACGCGUUUAAUUGGUGGAGUGCUAGGAGCUGCCCAAAGCAGACAGGCAGCAGAUAAACGGAGAAUGAAA